AUGGACAAUCAGUCUGAAAAAUCGAUUUCUUCCCAGUCCCCGAAAUCUGGUGCUGAGACCCUCCGAGGCGCGAGCACUCCGGCAAACGAGAAGACUUCUCGCGAAGACAACGCCGAUGAAUAUCCUCCCAUAUUCAUUGACUCUGAGUCAAAAGGCUCAAACCGAAAGACCAGAUUUGUUAUGGUAUCGGUUUUUCUCAGUGUGUUCCUCGUCGGCCUGGACCGGACCAUCAUCUCAACAGCAAUACCUCAAAUCACCAACGAGUUCAAUUCUCUGACCGACGUCGGCUGGUACGGAAGUGCGUACCUUCUAACAUGCUGUGCCCUCCAACUAUUGUUUGGACGGAUCUACACCUUCUUCUCUAUCAAGGGAACCUUCCUGACCAGCGUCCUUCUGUUUGAGGCUGCGUCUGCCCUUUGUGGAGCAGCUCCAAAUUCGAUUGCUUUUAUCAUCGGGAGGGCCAUCUCCGGAAUUGGUGCUGCUGGUAUAUUCGCUGGAACGAUUGUCUGCGUUGUUUACGUGAUUCCCCUGCAUCACCGACCACAGGUGCAGGGCAUGAUGGGUGCCGUUAUGGGUGUGGCGUCGAUUGCUGGGCCGUUGAUUGGGGGUGGUCUCACGUCCAACAUCACCUGGCGGUGGUGCUUCUAUCUCAACCUGCCUAUCGGUGCUGCAGCAAUGAUUGUCAUCUACCUCUUCCUCGACAUACCCAACCGCGACGAGAACAACCUUCCUUUGACGAAGAAGCUGAAGCAUCUGGAUGCCCCUGGUACAUUAGUGCUGAUACCUGGUGUGAUUUGUCUUCUGCUGGCUCUCCAGUGGGGUGGACAGACAUAUUCGUGGGGAAAUGGGCGCAUAGUGGCAUUACUUGCUCUAGCGGGGAUACUGAUCAUCGCCUUUGUCGCAGCUCAAGUCUUGCUCCCUGCAACAGCGACCCUUCCCCCGCGUAUAUUCAAACAACGCAGUGUUGUUUCCGGAUUCUGGGCAACCAUCUGUAUCAACUCUGGGAACUAUGUAUUUAUCUACUUCAUCCCGAUCUGGUUUCAAUCAAUAAAGGGCUCCUCUGCUGCCCAGUCCGGCAUCCAAACACUGCCUCUGAUGCUGUCUUUAGUGGCUGGCUCCAUAUUCGGAGGAGCUAUCAAUGGCAGAAUCGGAUACUACACCCCACUCGCAAUAAUAGGCACUUGCAUCAUGUGUUGCGGGGCCGGGCUUCUCACAACCUUUGAGGGAGACACAAGCGCUGGAAAAUGGAUUGGGUACCAAAUUCUGUACGGCCUAGGCCUGGGGUUGUGUUUCCAGGUCCCAAACCUUGCCGUGCAGACCUGUCUGCCCAAGAAGGAUGUGCCGACAGGUCUGGCACUCAUGCUUUUCGGCUCGUUGAUCGGCGCGUCAGUGUUCGUCGCCGUCGGGGAGAACGUGCUAAGCAACCAGCUCGUUCAGAGGCUCUCCAGCCUCCCUGGCUUCGACCCAAGUCUUGUAGCAUCGGGCGGAAUUACAUCCCUCCUCGAUUCGCUGCCUCAAAGUCUGCGUGGGACGGCCCUCGAAGCGUACAACGAGGCUCUGCGGAAGGUAUUCAUGGUUGGCUUGAUCCUGUCGUGCCUUACCGCUAUCGGGACAUUUUCGUUGGAAUGGAAGACUGUCAAGAAGAGCCAAGUCGCGAAAGCUGCUGCUGAGGAAAUUGGAGCAGCUGAGGAGAAUGCUUCGGGAGGAAAGAAAGUAGGAACUGGCAACGCAGCUGCUUAA